UCACUGCAGCCGUCACAAUGGACAGCCUCUACAUUUUGUCGCGGACUGCACUGCAGCUCGCCCUGAUGCUUGUCGCUUCUGCACAGAUGGGUCGCGGAUUGGACAUAGACAGAGCGCGGCCUGUCUCUGUCCUGUACCCAGACAUUGCACCCAUCAUUAACCUGCCGGGUAUCAGCAGAGACACGGGGAGUCCCCGAGUAGUGGGCGGCUCCGAAGCCGCUGAGGGAUCGGUACCGUACCAGGCGGCUAUCUACCUCACCAUCGACGGCCUGGACUAUUUCUGCGGCGGUUCGCUCAUCGCGCCCAGCUUCGUCCUUACAGCUGCGCACUGCACCGUCAACGUUACUGAGUUUACAGUCAUCCUGGGUGGAUACCGCGUCUUCGAAGCGUCGGAUGGCGUGAACCACGUUACGAGGACGAUGGACUCCAGCGCCGCAAUUGUCCACCCCCAGUACGUCGCCAGGAAGAAAAUGAACGACAUCGCCCUCCUCAAGCUCUCGGAACCAGUUCCUCUCUCAGAAAAAAUCAAGACAGUCCGUUUGCCAAGUAUCAGUCAGAGUACCCUAACUUUCGAAGAAGAGACUGCUACAGUCAGCGGAUGGGGCAAAUACAAUGACUCCAUCGACUAUAUGAGCCCCGUGCUGAAGACGGCACAAACGAAAGUGACGUCACUUCCAGUGUGCCAGGUGUAUUACCUGACACUGCUGUACGGCGUGCAGACCAACCAGAUCUGUACCAUAAGUCCCAGUGAAUCGGAGUACGCCAGCCCUUGCAACGGAGACAGCGGCGGACCCCUCGUGGUGGUGGAGGCAGACGGGCAGCCCACGCUGGUGGGUGCUGUGUCCUUCGGCAUCAGCUCGUGCGAGAGUCACUUCCCCAGCGUCUACGCCAGGGUCACCUCCCACCUCCAGUGGAUAGCCAACAACACCGGCAUCACUCUAAGGCAGUGAUACUCAUCUGUUUUCUGCUGGAAAACG